AUGCCGGCGCAGAAAAAGAAAAAAGACUCGGUCACCAGGAACAUGGAAGCACGCUACGCUCCCGUGGAGGGAUCCCUUCGCUCGAAGCCUAUCCAGUCGAGAAUCGAUGUCAGUGGAUCAACCAGCGCACCGCCUCCGUUUUUCCACCUCUUCCAAUCGAAUGGUCAAACUUCUGCUCAGAACCCCUUUUCAUUCCAAAAUCUGAUUCUGGAUCUCAGACCCCGGAUUCUUUGA